UUGGACGGGGGCGGGCUCUUCGGGCCCCCAUUGGCUAUAGGCCCCCACUCUUCCAGGGCUCCCCCACCUUACCCCACCACAUCAGUCUGUCCUGCUUCCAGCUGCUGCAGCCGCGCCUUUGCUGCCUCAGCAUUCAGCAGCCCCCUGCUCAGGCUCAGCAUGGCCACCCCAACCCAGAGCCCCACAAACGUUCCUGAAGAAACAGAUCCUUUUUUCUAUGACUAUGCCACCGUGCAGACUGUGGGGAUGACCCUGGCCACUAUCAUGUUCGUGCUGGGGAUCAUCAUCAUCCUCAGCAAGAAGGUGAAGUGCAGGAAGGCGGACUCCAGGUCUGAGAGCCCAACAUGCAAAUCCUGUAAGUCAGAACUGCCCUCCUCAGCCCCUGGAGGUGGAGGAGUGUAGGAUCCUCUGCAGAUUUCCACUGCUGUCCCUGGCCAGAGCGCAGGAGCCCGAGGACCCAGAGAAGGCGGUGGGGACCCAGCCUGGCGCCAGGGAGCGCGCCCCCAAUGAGCCGCCACACCCAUCUCAAGGCCGGAGCCAAUGCACCCUGCUCUCCCUCCCCAGGCCUUGGCAACGACGAUCCUAUUUGUACCCUAGACCCAGAGACUCAGGCCUCCAGCUCCUGGGAUCCAGGAGUUUGUCCCCAAUCCCCUGGGAUCCUCGUGUCCCUCCCUCCUGCAUCUCCUGGUCUCCUUCUCCAGGACCUUCCCGGCUUCCCCUCAGGGUCCACAUCUUGAGCUUAAUAAAUGUGCAUUCGGUUUUUUCCCCCC